AUGACUUCAUCAACUUCAAUCUCCGACGUCGAGGGCCACCUUGCGUCCACUUCUAUUGAUGAAGAUAACUAUGGCCUCUCGGACUCUGAGACAGAAGAGGAGGCUGUAAAGCCUACCGGUUGGGCUCCGUGGGGCUUUAGGAAGUUGAAGCGGCUCGUUGCCAAGGCUAAGGGGGCUGCCAGUGAUAGAGUGGUAGCCUUCAUAAAGUCCCACUUGCGUGGAACGAAGGUGAUCUUCGUCAUCGGUCAAGCAGGCACUGGGAAGAGUACCAUGCUCAAGGAGAUGACCGGGCUGGAUCUUAAAGUGGGAGAAACACUGGAUUCAGGCACGCGGCAGUACGAGAUCUGCCCCGCUGUCAUCGAUGGAGAACAGUACCUUUUCGUGGACACCGCGGGCUUUGGUGCGGCUGAUAUGGACGACAUGGACAAUUUCCAAAACAUCUUGAGUUGUCUCACAAUUCUUCAUCCAUUUGUCAAAUUUGCUGGAGUCCUCUUUGUUUUUGGGAAACCCGGAACCCGGCUGUCGCGGGAAGAUCUGCGAACGAUCCGCUUCAUCAAAUGCUUCUGUGGCCCGGAAUUCUUCGCCAAUAUUACGCUCAUUACGAGCCAGUGGGAUGAAAUGACAGAAACUGGGUUCCGCAAGGCUUGGGGUAGGACCCAGAACCUCCUUGCACACCCAGACGUCAUGCAAAUCCUCGAUCCGCCGGGCCGAAUUUCUGGGGGCUCGGUUUACCAUCAUGGAUUCCCCAAGGGCGAGGGUUCUAUCAACGCACACGCGACCAUUCUCUCCAUGGACGAUAACGGCCCGGAGCGGGGGGACGAGCUACGGGACCUUAUUCGACGAAAGUACCGAGACCCGAGGGCCCCUACGUUGCAGGUCUUAGUCGAGAUGAAGAGGGAAGGCCGUGAGAUGCUGGAGACCGAGGCGGCCAAAGUACUGAAGGGGGAGUUGCCAAGCACGGCUGUACGAAUUCAGGGUGGCCGGGCUCUCAUCCAGGGACGAAAUGACGACGAACAAUCCCCGCCAACACCAGGAGCUGACCCCCGAGCUGGGCAUUCUUCCACGCAGUCUGGCGCAGCCCUGCCCUCGGUGCCUGCUGCCGAAGGGGCCCCGAACACGACGGGAAAUGCCCCGGGUCACGGGGACGGACCUGAUCGGGAACAGAUGCACGACGAACCCUCGUGGAUUCAGAAACUGCUCUGGUGGUUUAAAAUGGCCUACGGAGCCUCGACGUACUUCGAGGAAGCUCGCAAAACGGGGUAUGAGUCCACAAACCGUAAGGCUAGGAGUGCUGGACCAAAAUGGUCAUUUUGGGAGACGGUGCGAAAUUGGUGGACAUCUACCGGCCUUUGA